GUUGUAUAAAAUAAAAAUAAACGGAUUUUAAUAAUAUAAUAGACGCAUUGUUGGCGAAAAGUGUUAAUGAAAUGUAACAACAUCGUAAUUAAUCAUAGAGAAAACAUUUUUCCGUGCAGUUGCUACAAAACUUCUGAAUGCUUUCAGGCUAUUGUGAUUUUAUUUGUAAUUUCAGAUUCCUGGCACCCACGGUUUAAUUAUAGUCGGCGUUCGCCCCUCUUUGCUCCCGGAACUGUUUACACGGCAUCAACGUGCAGCAGGGACAUUGCACCUCGCAGUUCCCCUUCGUGCCGUUUCCGGUUGUUUACAGUUCGUUUUUGGCGAAGCAUUUUUAGUGAAAGAAAAUGUUUGCGAUUUAAAGUUUUCACUCCAGAAGAGGAUGAAACGGAACAAACGCGGGCGCUUCGUGUCUUCCGCCAUGGCACAGAAGAUGGAAAGGCUGUCGGAGGCUCAGCGGCAGCGAUGGACCGGCGGCAGGCAGCGACGGGCUGAGGGAGAGGCGGAGCCAGCGGCCGCUGUCACGGUGCAAGCCGAGCCAGCGGCAACUCUUGUUAUGACCACCAGCUACUGCCGUCUGUGCCAUGGAAAGUUUUCCUCCAGGAGCCUACGUAAUGUUUUUGCAAAAGUUCCUCUGAUUGAAACAAGUCCAGAGAGACAGCACAGAGCACAACAGACAUUCUGUGCUGAUUUUCAGAAGCUAGUUGGUGUUGUGGUGAGGCAGGAUCCCACUUUGCCACAGUAUAUCUGUAGGAACUGUCAUGCUCAGUUUUAUAAAUGUUGGACUAUCUUGAAAAACUUCAUUCAAAAAGUGAAUACUUCACCAGUAACUUCAGUACCACAUGGACAAAAGGCUAGCAGAUAUGUUGCAAUGACUGAACCAUCAUCAACACAGUCACUUUCAAAGUCUCCAUUAAUCAACUCUGUAUCUGGUGACUUUAAACGGAUGUUAAACGAUGGUGCUUUAAUCGCAACUCCACAGUGUCUACAGAUUUUGGUCACUUGGGCACACCAUCACGGUAGCAGUUGCGGGUCUCAACCGCAUGUACAGAGUGUCUUAUCUGCAGAGUAUCGAGGAGUGGUUGGAGCUGUCUGGGGCUGUCCAGAGGGCCACAGUUACAUCCUGGACAUGCAUUCAAACCAUAAUAUUGUUUUGAAUGAGGGACAGUGCCCAUCCGAUAGAAAUAAAGACUCAAAGAAGGAAGUUCUUGGUAGUUCAAUAACCCUUUCACCUCAGAAUGGAACAGGUACCGAAAAUGGUGAGGGUGAAAAUGUUGCGAAACAUCAGACUGUCCCAGUGUUAUUUUGGUCAUCAGACUUUCAGCCUUGCACGUUCAGUAGAGCUACUUCGCAGUCAGUGGAAGUGGAUAACUCAAAAUAUCCACUGAGGAAGGAUAUGCCCUUGCUCUCAGAUCCUGAAUAUACAGAGUGUUCUUGGGAAAAAGUUCAGAUACAGGAUGCAAAUAGGCUACCAAAUGCUAAAGAUCCAGUUAACUGCAAUGAAGCAUCUUGUUCUAUAACAGAUGGCGUUGUGGACGGAUUAGAGUCCAGUGAUCUCUCAGAUAGGUAUCUGUCAAGUGAAGAUGAUGGAGAAAUAAAAGUUAAGAAUGGCUCUUCAGAUGAGUCUUUUCAACCAUAUUGGGAGAAGAAUAAGUUACCAGUUAAGAAAUGCAGCACUAAGGAUGUGAAGAAACAACCUGGACAAAAACGUGGCCGUAAACCAAAAUCAAACUCAGAAAGGGAAGAUUUUCCCACCAUGUACCGAUGUCAAUAUAAGGGUUGCUGUGCAGUUUACAGAGGAGUUGAUGGACUUAAGAAACACAUAAAAGAGCAUCAUGAAGAGGUGCGUGAACGACCUUGUCCCCAUCCAGGAUGUAACAAGGUGUUUCUGAUUGAUCGUUAUCUGCAGCGUCAUGUAAAGUUGAUACAUACAGAAGAAAGAAACUACAUUUGUGAUGAAUGUGGACAGACUUUCAAACAGAGGAAGCAUCUGUCGGUUCACCAAAUGCGCCAUUCUGGAGCAAAACCGUUACAGUGUGAAGUCUGUGGUUUCCAAUGCAGGCAGAGAGCAUCGCUGAAAUACCAUAUGACCAAGCACAAGGCAGAAGCUGAACUUGAUUUUGCUUGUGACCAGUGUGGGAAGCGGUUUGAGAAGGCCCACAAUUUAAAUGUUCAUAUGUCUAUGGUUCAUCCCUUGACUCAGAACACAGAUAAAAACAAACCAGUUGAAACUGAAUCAAGUCAGCUAAGUAUAGAAACAUUCAUUGAACAGGAACCCAGUUAACAAAUACUCAUCAGCUUAAUGGUGAGUCAGAAGAAACUUCUUCAAAAUUUGCACCUGUGUUCAGUAUCAGGAAGAUCUUCACCAGAAGAGGAUCAGGAUGAAUAAAUGCAAUAUUGUGCUGGUUUGGUAAAGUUUAAUUACAAAAGAUUUCUCUGUUACAUUGCUUUUUAAAAUAGCUUAUUUCUACUAUUUGGAAAAGUGCCAAAUACGUUUAACAAGCUAGCAGCUUAACUUAAAAUCUAGAAAUAUGUACUGUAUGUUGAUAUCUAGUCUUGUGUCACUUGUACAAGUUGUUAUACUUAUUGAAUGGAAAACAUCGCUGGUACUUCUAUUCAGGUUAUAUACACUCAGUGGCCACUUUAUUAGAUACACCUGUACACCUUGCUUGUUAAUACAAAUAUCUAAUCAGCCAAUCAUGUGACAGCAUAAUAGUUUGCAGACAUAGUCAGGAGGUUCAGUUAUUGUUCAAACCAAACAUCAAAAUGGGGAAGAAAUGUGAUCUAGAGUGUCUUUGACCAUAGAAUGAUUGUUAGUGCUAGUGCAGUGGCUUGAGUAUCUUAGAAACUGCUGACUACCUGGGAUUUUCACACAACAGCCUCUGGAGUUUACAGUGAAUGGUGUAAAAAAAAAUCCAGUGAGUAGCAGUUCUGUGGGUGAAAACACCUUGUUAAUGAGAGAGGUCAGAGGGGAAUGGCCAGACCGGUCCAAGCUGACAGGAUGGCAACAGUAACUCAAAUAACCACACAGUACAACAGAAGAUCAUCUCUGGACACACACCAUGUCGAUGCUAGAAGUGGAUGGGCUAGAGCAGCAGAAGACCACACUGGGUUCCACUCCUGUACCUAAUAAAGUGGCUACAGAGUAUAAAUUUUUAGAGUGAUACAGCUUUGCUCAGAGUUCACUGAGGUUCUCAAGCCCUUUUAUGAAUGCAGUUUCAGUUUGAAUAAAGAUUAUUUUCUUAGGC